UGGACAGUGAGAGGACUAUUUAAGUAAACAUUUAAAGCACAAGGGUCCCUUUGUGAUUAAAAUCAGCCGUUCCUAAAUUAAAGAAUCCCUCUAAAAUUGGGGAAAAUCAAGAACCAAAAUGUUAGGGUUCAUAACCUUCACAAACCCUCGUCCAAUUCCACUCACAAACCCAAUUUCACACCACCAAUCACUCAUCUCACCGAUCAAAACCCUCAAUUUACCAUAUUCAAACUCCAAUUUCACAAACCCUAAACGAUUCAAAGCCCCAUUCUCAGAAAACAAAGAACAAUUGACCGAAAACCCUAACGGCAACGGCGGCAGUGGGAACGGAGAAGAAGAGGAUGAUCUGAAGAAGAAGAAGAAUAACGGAGGAGAUGAACGGCCGAGAUUCAAUUUGAAGUGGAGCGAGUUGUUGUUUGACCCGGAUCCGGAUAAUGUUGUUGCGGUCGGGUUAACUGGGGUUUUGGCGUGGGCGAGUGUGCAAGUGUUGUGGCAGCUGUUUGUUAUAUCGUUUGCGAUUCUGAUUGCUGCUGUUAAGUACUCGUUUAUUGCUGCUAUUCUUAUUUUUAUUCUUAUUACCCUGCUUUGAUUCUAUAUAUAUACAUAUAUAUUGUUUUAUCUUGGAUGAAUGAUGAUGGUAGUAAAUAACAUUUUUGCGAAUAUUUGUUCGUAUUCGAUUCGAAUUUUAUACAUUUCAUGAUAAAGUUCUUUACA